CUAGCUCCUUCACUUAGCCGAGAGCUCUACUCUCCUCUUCCAUUUCUCUUCUUCUAUCUUUUAUCAUAGUAUCAAGAAUGAAGAUCAUGCCAAACGCUUGCCUUGAGAGCUUGAAGAGGUUUUGGAGGAGAAGGGUAUUGGGAAUAGGAGGAGGGUAAAGGUUAUAAGGCUUGGGGGAGGAACUGCUUCUACUGGAGGCUGGAUUUGGGAAAUCAGAGUGAUUUCAAAGCUGCGGUUGAGAAUGUCCUCAUCAUUGUUCACAUUUCUGGCGAGGUUUCAUGAUGCUUAUGUGGACAUGAUGAUUCGUGUGGAGAACAAUUUGGGGAAGGCUAACGGCAGUGGUUUGUUUGGAGGGAAGAAGAUUGCCAAAGGCCAGCAUAUUGCAGUGGUGUCUGGUGGUGAGGAAGUUGAUAGCAGGUUGGUCAUGGAAAUCUACAAGAGAUUAGCUGCUUCCCGUGAGUUUAGAACCGCUUGAGGCAGCUCCUGUCUCUCAAAGACUACUCUGUUAGUGCAGGUGUGAAGAAUUACUCAUUAUUUUCUAAAUUAUUACUAAUUUACUAUGGUCUAGUUUUUAAAAACAGAAACUAAAUUUCAUAGAUUCAA